GCGGGUCUCAGCCGUUGGCUGAGCGGGACCUGUGAGCGGGUGGGUGGGCACCAGGCUUGCUCAGAGGCCAGGCCUGUCUGGCGCCAGCAGGAGAGAAAUCAGUUAAGAACUCCCACGCAAAAUGGCUGACAAAGGCAAAAAGGGGAAGGCUGCCGCAGCACCUGCACCUGCAGCUGAGCCGCCACCCCCUCCUCCAGCUGCCACACCAGAGGACAAGAAAGGCCAAGACGACAAGAACAAGAAAAAGGCGAACUUGGUGCAGCCCAAGAAUGAAGUGGGCACCAGGAAGGGGUGUCGCCGCUACAAGUGGGAAUUAAAGAACAGCAAUAUAGAUUUCUGGUUGAAGGGGCACGCCCUGGUCAAGAUCAUGAGCUUGGGCUGCCUAAUAGCUGCAAUGAUCAUGUUCACGGGGACCAGUGUGCACCCUCUCCUGACGCUCAUCAUCACUAUGGAGUUGUCCGUCUUCUGCUUCUUCUUCAUCACCUACACCCUCGCCAUCAACAGAUAUGUGUCCUUCAUCCUGUGGCCCAUUUCUGACCUUCUCAAUGACCUGUUUGCCUUUAUUUUCCUUAUGGGCGCUGUGUUCCUAGGUGUGAAAAAUCGACAAACCAUGCCACUGAACUAUUUAAUUGCUAUGGUCCUUAUUGGUACGGCGGGAAUUUUUGCUUUAGCGGAUAUAGGUCUUCAAACACAACAUUUCAAAGGCAAGAGGAUUAAAAUGGAUGUGCUGGCUCCACCUCCAAAACAGGAACAAAAGGAUCAAAAGCCAAUGGAAGCAGGAAAACCACCAGAAAAGGCAGCAGAAAAAGAAGAAAAGCCAAAGGGAAAGGGAAAGGGAGGCAAGAAAUGACUCAAAGGAGACCCCUAUUGUCAAAAGCAGCAGUGCAUUUUACGACAAAACAUUUUCACGGUCUCUAGCGUCUUCUCUCUAGAAUGGUUUUCCUUUCCAUCCUAAUAACCAACUUUGCUUGGAAAAGAAAUGGAUUUUAAAGCUUAA